AUCUGUCGAAAAAGCAACUCUGUGUGGUCUCUCGCCAAUUUAAUUUUAGCAACUUUUUUACGAAACAAAGAUUCAAUAAUUAACGCAGUUUUCUGCACACUAAAUGCCAAAUACUUCUAAGAGACUGCCAAACCGCGAAAAGUGUCGUCCGUGAAGCAACACAGAGAGGGGGAAAACAAAGUGCCAAGUCAAAGGGGACACAGGAGAAGAGCGACCCAAACACCAGACAAAACCUCUUAAAACUCGGGUCGUGACCUGCCGAAGGGCCAGCGAGAGCGGCUUUAGACAUGGGCAACGCCAGCUCCUCAGUGCACAUGCAGCGCGAGCGCCACAAGUCGACCGACUUGUCCACGCCGAGCUCUCCCGCACACUUCCGCGACUCGGUUGGUGGAGCAGGGGGCGGGGGAGGGGGAACGGUACAGGGCGGGAGUGCUGGCGCAGCAGCUUUGGUGGGCGGUGCAGUAGCGGGGGCGGGAGGAGGCGGGGGCGGAGGCCAAGCUUUCUCGUUCGACAAAAAACAUACGGCAGUCUUGAACGAGGGCUCGUCGCAAGAAGACGACGACCCGUACUACACGGGAACUGCAACUGGAUCCAACAGGCGCACCGCCGACGAGUCGUCAGCCUCAGCGGUUCACCGAGAGCGAUCCAGCAUGGAGCACAACGAGGAGGAGGAGGAGCCGGGCACGGAACCAGCGGAGCCCGGAUCUCAGUUGCUCAGCGAGGAGGACGACGUUCGGAAGACGGCUCUGCCCACCGUGCUGCGGUGGGAUGGCGGCGGCAAGCACGUAACCAUCUCGGGCACCUUCAGCGACUGGAAGCCCAUCACGAUGGUCCGCAGCCACCAGAACUUUGUGACCAUCAUCGAUCUGCCCGAGGGAGACCACCAGUACAAGUUCUGCGUGGACGGCGAGUGGAAGCACGAUCCCAAGCUGAAAAGCGUUGAGAACGACGAGGGACAUCGAAAUAACUUGGUGUCCGUGCGGGAAUCCGAUUUCGAGGUGUUCCAGGCGCUGGCCAAAGACAGUGAGAAUGUGACCAACUUCGCGGAGAAGGAGUACACGCAGGAGGUGCCCCAGGUGAAGCCCUGGGAGAAGGUAUCCGGCCCACCAGUCUUGCCGCCCCACUUGCUGCAGGUCAUCCUCAACAAGGACACACCGCUUUCGUGCGAACCCACUUUGCUGCCGGAACCCAACCAUGUGAUGCUGAACCACUUGUACGCACUGUCCAUCAAGGAUGGCGUCAUGGUGCUGAGUGCCACGCAUCGGUAUCGCAAGAAGUACGUCACGACGCUGCUCUACAAGCCCAUUUAGGCCACUUGCAAUUGGUAUUUUAGCUUUAGGAACCUGGUUUUUACGAGGGGGUAAUCCUGGGUCGACUCGGGAAAUACCCCAAGCCCAAUACGUCUCGCUUGUCAAAUCUACUAUAUUAUGCAGUGAAAGUGUUUUAUUUUUCUCUUUAUUAAGCGUUGUAUUUUUAUUAGUUAUAAAUAUACGGAACUUGUAAAAAUAUAAGAUUAUUGCAUUGUGUCAUAAA